AAUCCAUUUUAACUUUAGUGAGUUUUUUUUUUUGUUUGUUUGUUAUUGUAGUCUUUGAAAAGUGAGUGGCUCCUAUAUUGUUUAAAUCUUGGGGGAUAGAGAGAAAUCAUAAAGAAGUGGAGCACUGAGAGUUAUCAAAUUAAAUGAAUGAGGAUCUCUUGUAUAAUACUUAAUAAACAAUUGGAGUGUGAAUAAGCAUGCAUUUAAUUUGAUAAUUAGGAACAUGAUUAUCUUGUUUUUGUUUUUUUUGUUUUAAUUAAAUUAAUAAUGGGGAAUGUGAAAAACAGAGGAAAGUAAAGAGAGUUUUGGGAAGGAGAUGUAGGUGGCGGGAGUGGGUUGGGCGAGAUGAUGGUGACGGUGCAGCUCCAAUCUCAAUCUCAAUCUCAAUCUUUUUUUUGAUUUUUCUCUCUUUUAAACUCACACAAACUGAUUCUCUCUGACUCACUCAUAAUCCUAAUAAUCUCCCCCCGGAUUGUCCUAAUAAUGCACACGGUUUCUUCUAACCAAAAAAAAAAAAGAGGUGACAACGUUCGUACCAUCCCAUCCUUGGGAUAUGGAUUUCUGGCCGGAGUUUAUGGCGACCAGCUGGGGACGAGAGUUCGUCGCCGGUGGUUUCGGAGGUGUUGCCGGAAUCAUCUCCGGCUACCCCUUGGACACCCUCAGAAUUCGCCAGCAACAGAGCUCUAAAUCGGGAUCUGCCUUCUCCAUUCUCCGGCGGAUGCUCGCCGUUGAGGGCCCCACCUCUCUCUACAGAGGCAUGGCUGCGCCUUUGGCCUCCGUCACUUUUCAGAAUGCUAUGGUAUUCCAGAUUUACGCCAUAUUCUCUCGCUCCUUUGAUUCCUCUGUUCCUCUGGAAGAGCCUCCUUCCUACAGAGGCGUUGCUCUUGGAGGUGUUGCCACCGGUGCUGUCCAGAGCCUCUUGCUCACCCCUGUCGAGCUCAUCAAGAUUCGUCUCCAGCUUCAGCAGAGCAAGUCUGGUCCCCUCACCUUGGCCAAGAGUAUCCUUAGGAGUCAGGGCCUCAAGGGGCUUUACAAAGGCCUCACCAUCACUGUGCUCCGAGAUGCUCCCGCUCAUGGCCUCUACUUCUGGACCUAUGAGUACGUCAGAGAAAGGCUUCACCCCGGCUGCCGAAAGACCGGACAAGAAAACCUCAGGACCAUGCUGGCCGCUGGUGGCCUUGCUGGAGUGGCCAGCUGGGUCGCUUGUUAUCCUCUUGAUGUCGUCAAGACCAGACUGCAACAAGGUCAUGGGGCUUACGAGGGCAUUGCCGAUUGUUUUCGCAAGAGCGUCAAACAGGAAGGCUAUACCGUUCUCUGGCGUGGCCUUGGCACUGCAGUUGCCAGGGCCUUUGUGGUCAACGGUGCUAUCUUUGCUGCUUAUGAGGUCGCCUUGCGGUGUUUAUUCACUCAAUUGCCAUCCCCUGAUGUUGUCAAAGGAGAGUGAGUGAGUAAAGGGCAAAGAAGAUUCAUUAGUUGCAGCCUGGACUUGUGAAUGUAGUUAAAUAUUAGCACAUAGUUUGUGAUGGACAUGGAUUGCAUUCGUCUAACAAAUCUGACUCGCUUUAGGGAUCAGGCAGUAUUAAUCACAGAGACAUUCCAAAAGUUGUUUACAAACCCCAAAGAAAACAGAUGAAAUGAAAAUUAUUUUGUUAUAUACUUA